GGGAGACAGAGUCUGUGACCCACCUGGGCAAUAGUGGGUGAUGAAUCAAUCAGAAUGAAACUAACUGCCCCUGGGCAGUCUUAAAGCAAAGCUUCACCUGUAAUUGGUAAUUAGGGGAAGGCACAGGAAGUGACCCAAAAGAAAGUAUCUUUAAAAGGGAGUUACAACUUUCUGAGUGGAGUUCUGAGUUUGAGUUGAGACUGGAGAAGAAUCUGCUGACUGGACCUGAAUGAGGCUGUUCUUAGGUCUCUUCCCAUUGAACUGACACAUACAUGAUUCAAGAUGGCCAACACAGCUGCAACUGCUGGGGCUGGUGGCUCAGGAAGCAAGCAGGACUCCACCCCUGAAGACAACUACUAUUUGGCUUGGAGGAGGCGCCUUCAGGUAGUUGUGAGCUCCUUGCUGACAGAGGCUGGGUUUGAGAGUGCUCAGAAAGCAUCAGUAGAAACACUAACUGAGAUGCUACAAAGCUACCUGUUGGAAAUUGGGAGGAGUGCUAAAUCCUAUUGUGAGCACACAGCCAGGACACAGCCAACACUGUCAGACAUUGUGGUGACACUUGUUGAGAUGGGUUUCAAUGUGGAAACUCUCCCUGCGUAUGCAAUGCGAUCCCAGAGGAUGGUCAUCACAGCACCUCCCGUCACCAGUGGACCUGUGACUCCCAAAGCCCUGACUGCUAGACAGAAAAAGUCUCACCCACCUCAUGUCCCUAGCCAUUUCCCUGAAUUCCCUGAUCCUCAUACCUACAUCAAAACACCGAUGUAUCAUGAGCCCCUGUCAGACUACCAGGUCCUUCGGGAAAAAGCUGCAUCACAGAGGCGUGAUGUGGAACGGGCACUUACCCGUUUUAUGGCCAAGACAGGCAAGACACAGAGUCUUUUCAAAGAUGAUGUCAGCACAUUUCCAUUGAUUGCUGCACGACCCUUUACCAUUCCCUACCUGACAGCCCUUCUUCCAUCUGAACUGGAGAUGCAGCAGAUGGAAGAGACUGAUUCUUUGGAACAGGAUGAACAGACAGACACAGAGAUCCUUCCUCUCCACAUCAAUAUGGAUGAAUCAAGUGCUGAGAAAGAGAAUGCUUCAGUUCUACAGCAGAAUGCUUCCUUGUCAGGAAGCCAGACUGGGGAAGAAAAUCUUAUUGAUAAUCCUUAUCUCAGGCCUGUAAAGAAACCCAAGAUCUGUGGGGAAGUGAAUUAAAGGAGAAUUAAGGCAUUUCCUUCUGAGUUUGUCUUUUCUACUUCUUGAUAGGAGGGAAGAAAUGAAUUGUUCUCCUUUAGGCUUAGGCCUAGAAAGAGUCUCUAUGAGCUUAGCAGACAUCUUCCUUAUUUCUUUCUUUCUUGCCCACUCUCAUCUUGAGGUGUCUUAGAAUGAAACUAUUUCACCUUUCUGAGAUUGGGUGAUAUUAAUGCAGCUAUGGGAUUAAACAUCCUCCAGUAGAAUUAUUUUCUAGAAUGCAAUUGACCAGAGAUCUCCCAUGGCUCUUUGUACCCUCUAGGAUUUCU